ACUGCAAGAAAGCGCGCGUUCAAGCUUACUUGCGAUCUGCGGUUCAACAACUUGAGAGUUGAUAGAUCGAGGAUUUCUAGCUGACCUCCCAGGAUUUGGCUUUGUGCGUUCGUUUUCAGAUGCCUCCACGAAAAAAAUUAAAGACGGAAAGGGCUCUUGAGAAAGCAGGCCAGCCAGAGAAACAAGCAUCAAAGGAUACACAAGGAAAAGAUGAUGUGGUUCGCUGGCUGCUCAAGUCUGAACCUGAAAGCCGCAUCGAAAAUGGUGUAGAUAUGAAGUUCAGCAUUGAUGACCUAAUCAAGUGCCCCAACAGCACAUCAUGCUGGGAUGGAGUAAGAAACUAUCAGGCACGGAACAUUUUACGUGACCAGAUGAAAGUUGGCCACCUGUGUUUCUUUUACCACAGCAAUUGCAAGACUCCCGGAAUAGUUGGCAUUGUCGAGGUUGUCAAGGAGGGUUAUCCAGACCACACACAAUUUGACAAGAAAAAUAAUCAUUAUGACAGCCUCAGCACAACUGAAAAACCGAGGUGGUUCAUGGUCGACGUAAAAUUUGUCCGCAAAUUGGAACGCCCGAUCACUUUGCCAGAACUGAAGAAACUUCACGAGAAGCAUAAGUCGCAAAAUCCCAAGGGUCCUUUAGCAAACAUGGCUCUGGUUGCAAGAUCACGACUCUCAGUACAGCCAGUCACAAAAGAAGAAUGGGACUUCAUCCUCAACCUGGAGAAGUCUUCAUUGAAGUAAUGUUUUUGGUAAAUCGGCAUCUAUCUUUGCUCAAGACAAACCUGCGGUAGCUAGUCGUCACCUAAGGGCACGCAUUUCUGCCUAAAACAUCUCGGCAGCGUAAAGGUGUCUUAAUAAAGAUAUACGAGAAUGUUUCGCA